AUUCCAAAGUCGAACGAGCCCAAUGUGCCGUCUCCACGCGGGGCUCUCGGCCAAUGAAAAAGUGAGAAAGAGUAAAAAGAGUGGGGGCAUGAGGAGAGGAGGUGGGUGAAAUGUUUUCAGAGAGCGUGACAGAGAAAGAGAGAGAGAGAGGGAGAGAGACAUCCCUGAUACCACAUCAACAAACAGGCGGUUGACGGGACACAAAAAGAGAGCAGAAGAAAAAAAAAACUGGUCACAUUUCUCAGGCACCUGAAAACGUGCUGGUUAUUUUAGGACGCGUGUUGCUUAUUGAUGAGGGGGGAGUGUUUAAACUACUUCCACUCUGGUUAUGUUUUAAUGGUGACUGUACAUGGCAAGCAGCUGAAUGCUCUGGGACUUCUGUAAUUAAGAGAAGCACCAUAUAGUGACAUCUUACCACAGCCUGACCGACGGAGAGCCGAGCUGCCCUGUGCAUCUACUCACCUCGGAAGUAAUUUUGGAUCAACAAGAGAUCUCUCUUUAAUUUCUUUAGAAAUAAAAAAAAAAAAACUUUUUUUUUUUUUAGUUUUUCUUCGCUGACCGGAUUUUCUCAAGACCCCCAAUGCCCUGCGGACACUCCUGUUGUUCUGAUCUUUUGGAUACACUCUCUAUGCCUUGGCAGUUGUUGACUCUCACCUAUAUCAACGAAACUCCUCGGUGGCAAGCAAAGGCAGUCAGUCCAGCAUUAAACGGCCACACUUAAAACAGCACGGAACAACCGAACAACAUCGAUCGACUAGGAAACAUGGAAAACAGUCCUGGUGGUGGUGUUAUCUUGUACGCUGGCUCGUCCGGCAGUGCCAGCCCGAGUCCUGGCAGUCCUUCAAGUGGAUACCAGACCCAGUCACCCUCUUCCCACUCGCAGCCUUCAUCCCCGGAGGGUGUCUCUUUUCAGGAGAUUGGGGCCCUGAGCAAGAGAGGGGAACAAGGGGGAGGAACUCCUUCCCCGAGAAUGGUCUUCCAGUUUCCUGAAGUAAACAAUGCUCCCGUUGCCCAAAUAACGUCAGUAUCAUCGGCAACCUACAACCAUCCCACAGUGGCCAAAAGAUCUUGUGGUUUCACUGGCACGUUCACCAAGACCGGAGGUAUGGUGCUUCUGUGUAAGGUGUGUGGGGACAUCGCAUCUGGGUUCCAUUAUGGUGUGCACGCCUGUGAAGGCUGCAAGGGUUUCUUCAGACGCAGCAUUCAGCAGAAUAUCCACUACAAGAUGUGUGUAAAGAACGAAAAGUGUCUCAUCAUGCGCAUGAACCGAAACAGGUGCCAGCACUGCCGCUUUAAGAAGUGUCUCUUCGUGGGCAUGUCCAGAGAUGCUGUGCGUUUUGGGCGUAUUCCGAAACGGGAGAAGCAGAGACUAUUGGAUGAGAUGCAGAGUUACAUGAACAGUCUCAACGAAUCAGCUUCCAUGGAAAUAGAGGUGUCACCUCCUCCUGAUGCCCCCUGCAGUCCGCUGAACCAGACUAAUGAAGAAGUGGGCUCCAUAUCGCAGUCUUACCGCAGAAACUUAAUGAACAGUGACGAGAAACCACUCAAGAUGGCUGCCGGCAACGUUGGCUCUUUGUCUUUCCAGAACAGUUCAACACAGGAGCCUUCCCUGUCACACUCAGCAACCCAGACUCAGCACACAGUUCAGGGGGAGCCGGCAAACCUGACAUCAAGCUACCAUGUCCCCACAAACUGUCCUGUUGGCCACAGCAGCAAUGAAAACUCCACUAAUGUCGACAACGCCAGGUACACCUUCUCCUCCAAUCAGAAUCAGUGCCCCAUCAGUGGCCGCCUGUCAUCUCAGUCCUACUCAGCCAAUCAGAACAGUUUCCCAGCCAGGGAUUCCCAGAACCAAAGUCCUUGCCCCUGGAAGCUAAAUGGAGGAGCCAAAGUGCUGGCAUGUCCACUCAAUUCAUGUCCUGUGGCUCCGGCUAGUCGCUCCAGUCAGGAGGUGUGGGAGUCUUUCUCCCAGUGCUUCACCCCUGCUGUUAAAGAAGUAGUGGAGUUUGCAAAGAGCAUCCCGGGCUUCCAGACUCUUAGCCAGCAUGACCAGGUCAUGCUGCUCAAAUCCGGCACUUUCCAGGUUCUGAUGGUGAGGUUCUGCUCACUGUUUGACCCCAAGGAGAGGACGGUGACCUUCCUCAAUGGGCAGACAUACUCACUGGCAUCACUGAGGGCUCUCGGCAUGGGCUCCCUACUGGACGCUAUGUUUGAAUUCAGCGAGAAGCUAGGAUCUUUGUGUCUGGAGCCAGACGAGAUGGCCCUUUUCAUGGCUGUUGUGCUGGUUUCUGCUGAUCGCUCUGGUAUAGUGGAGGUGGGAGCAGUGGAGCAGCUGCAGGAGAAUCUAAUAAAAGCUCUACGCUCUCUCAUAACCAGUCGCCGCCCAGAUGACAGCACCCUCUUCCCAAAAUUGCUGCUACGUCUGCCGGACCUGCGCACCCUGAACAACCAACACUCUGACAAGCUUUUAGCUUUCCGCAUAGAUCCUUGAGUUCAGAGAGCUAAAGCUUACUGAGGUAUCUGCUUUGGGGAGCCUCCCUGCUCCCCAUGCGAGCCUGUCCCGCCACACAAAGUACACUGGCCUAUGCAUGAUGGACAGUUGUGUGAGAGAGCGAGCUUAGAAAAAAUAUCAGUGAAGGAUGUAGGCACAGCAGGAGGCAGAGGCUCCUGAACUCAAACUGAUUCCUCAUCCAGUUGUUUCCAGGGUUGCUAAAAAAACUUUUUUUUAAAACUAUCAAAACAUAGACUAUGUUCUUCCGUGGGUUCUUUGAGUCAACAUCAGGCCACCAAGUCAUCACCUCUGCCUCCUGGAGUUUGUCAGAGCCAGUUCUUGUUCUGAAGACCAAAAAAAAAGUAAGAGCCUGAUGUUCCUAACUAGUCUUUGUCAACAAGGCUAACAAGAGGGAAGCACAUACUCUUGCCCAGAGAAAAAGAAACGUGUACAAACAUUACCAACAAUGAUUUCUUACAGUACAUUCAUGCUACAAUGUGUAAAGGGCACUUUCCAUACAUUGAGAAGACCUCUUAAAUCAAUAUAUAUAACAUAGCAAUAGAAAUGUCUGAUACACAGUUGGGAGGACAGUUUGUGUAUGCCCUGUUGAAACGACAUAAGCUAUUUUCACAACAUGUCACCAUGUGGGAAAUCUUUAUGAAAAUCCCCCCAUUGUGAUUAAAAAAUGUAUAACAUUGUUAAGAAAUGAAAGUAAGUUGCAUUGUACUUGUAUGCGGUAAUCAGGGAGAAAUUAUUGGUCAUUUAAGACCGUGACCGUGAUGGAUUAUAUGUUAAGGUGUUUUAUUGUAAAUUUUGUAUAUAAGCUUUAUUCUUGGUUCAUACCCUUAUUAGUUUUGCAGAUUCUUGGAUAUGUGAAUAAAGCUAGUAUUGAAUUAGUCUAUGAUGUCACAAAUAAUAGAUUUCUCUAUAGACUGCAAAGAGAAAGCUGCAUUUGAACCAUGCGCUCUGAGUAUAAACUUUUUAUUUGAAGAUAUAUAAUUGAAAUAACUGUAUUGUCAACUGACUGCAUCACCUUGUGAAUAUUUUGUAAAUGUUUUAUGGUUACACCAUAGAGUACCAUUAUUAAAUAAUGUUAUAUAGCA